AUGUUUCAAGAAUCGAUCAGAAUCCAAGCUAGAGUGAUCGAAGAAAUUACAGGAGAAAAAAGGAGCACGAGGCUGCUUCUGGGACACCCAGUAGGUAUAGCGACUCACCUGUUUCACAAGCCGCGUGACGUACCAUGCUCGGGUGCAUCACGUGACUCAUACUACAGCUCGGUCGUAUGGUCGAGGUACCUUUACACGGGACGGCGACAAGUUGCGCAAGGAGCGAUCACGACGGGGCGAACUGACGAGCAAAGUGACGAAAACCGCGCCCACGGUUCGACGAAAUCACCCGGAUGCAGGCAAGGACCGAUCUCUCUCGCCGAUGAUCGACGAUGGCAUCGCGUCGCCGCGACCAGCCAGGAUUUAACGGAUCCGCGACUUGAGGCGAUCGAUCGAUCGGCGUCGUUGGCAGCGAUCGACGCGGGGAGAAGAAGCGGAGCGCGUAGGAUCGUUGCGUCGAUCGAGCGGUACUCGAUUUCGAAAGAAGUUUCCCGGAUAAAGGUCGCAGGAGGGAGGAGGACAGGCGCCGAGCGACGAUCGGCCGCUGCGAUCUACGUGAAGAACAAGGAGGCCUUCGUCAAGCAGAGCGCGAAUAACGGCGGCAGCCGUGCAGCUCGUUGUUCCUCAUGCGUGAAAAAGCAGGAAGUGUUACCGCUCGAAUUCGAACCCUAUCCGCGUCCGGGAGCGACCGAGGAUAGGAUCGGGAGAAGCUGCCGAAUAUUAUGUGUAUACAAUUAUUUUACUCAUCACGAAGAUACGAGCGAGCAUCAAGCAUUUCUUUAUAUAAAUAAUUAUACCCACAGCCUGUGUCUAAAUUCAUACAAUCAGUGAAAGUAUAACUUAUUACGCAUGAGGAGUAGAGAUGUCUAACGUAUACAGAUUGGCGAAUGACACAUCAAGGAUUAGUCGGUGAUAAGUGAAUGAUUCUCGUGAACCAAAAGCUUUAUCGACAUGAGUGCACGUCAGAGAGAUCGUAUUGUGUAUAAAAUGUUCAUAUAACGCUUAAUUGGAAUAUGUGUUCAUUUUUAUGUGUAAUAUCGAGAAAUUGCGCGAUGAAUUUUUAUCUAGAAACAUUAUAAAGACUCUAGUUUCGUUCAAACGUUAAACUUCGAGAGUGUAGCGUUUCCAUUCACCAGCGGAUAAAGGACAACGGAGUGAGCGGUUGAUUCCGUCUUUCUCGUAAUUCUAUUUAACGAUAUAUACAUCGAUGAAUCGAACCACUUGACAAUAAAAAUAU